UCCAAUUUACAGCCACGCAGGGCUCAUGAGCCCGGAAUCCAUGAACGAAGCGCCGUAAUAUCUUCUCUUUCUUUAGCCAUUGCUUUCAUUGUGACCCCUUUUAUUAAUUUAAUUCUUCUCUUCCAGCUCUCCUCGCAACUGUAUAAAUAGCCAUGGCCGUCUCUGCAGCUGCUUCAUACCAUCCAUCGCAAACAACGACAAGUUGUAGUCGGCAGUGGCUCCAUUAAUAAUGGCGUCGGCUAAGCACGUCUCUACCGCUUUCUUGGUUCUCACAUGCUUCUGUUUAACUCUUAGCUCUGCUCGUAGAGUUCUCCUGGACGACGAUCAAACUCCAACACCAUCUGUGUCUACCAUGAGUGGCGGAGGCGGUGGCGGUGGCGGCGGAGGCCAUGUCUCCCCAGAUUCCGGGAGUGGCUAUGGAAGCGAAAGUGGGUCUGGUGGUGGCUAUGGAAGCGGAAGUGGGUCUGGCGGUGGCUUUGGAAGUGGAGGCGGGUCCGGUGGAGGCUUUGGGGGUGGCAGUGGCGGUGGUAGCGGGUUUGGUUUUGGUGGCGGCAGCGGUGGCGGUGGACAUGUCACGGGUCCGAAUUGUGGGACUAACUGUGGGUGGCCUAGCGUCCCCAACUGUCCUCCUCAAGAAUUAUUUCCUCCUGCUUGCGGUAAUAAUGGAUUCUUUGAUCCGUGCUGCAUUUUCGGGGUGCUUAUGGACCAGAUGAAGAAAUCUGAAGCAGUCAAAGCCAGGGGUGAGACCGAGCGGCGGAGGCGGCCUGAAAUUGAUGUGGAGGGUAGGCCGGCGCCAAGCCCGUGGCCGGCGGUAGAUGACGUGCUAGAUACUGCUGAGUCUGUGCCACGACCAGGUUUAGGUGAAGGAGAUGAAGAUGAUAACGUGGACAAUGUCAAUUUCUGAUUGGAUGACUUAACAGAAAUCCAUAUUAUGGCUGCUGGUGGCUGGCUGUAGUCAUUUGUAGAACUGGCCCAUUAAGAGGCCCAUCUUCAAUAAUAACUACCAUACAUCAAAAAAUAAGCCCGCCCCCUUCAGUCUUAGAUGCUUUUGUUUAAGGGGAAUAAUUACAAUAUCAUCAUCUCUCUCUCUCU